UGCUGCUGAGCUGAGCUGAGGGCUGAGCGGUAGAUGUAGAUGGUUUUAGGCUCUAUGUUUCCUUUAAAUAUGUUACAUUUUCGCCCUGAUUUUGUAUCUCGCGCAUUACGGGGCUAUUUUAGUAUCAUACGCGUGCUGUGCACAAGAAGCAACAACAGAUGGAUCUAAGAUAAUCAAGUUAUCCGCUUGCUCAAGCGGUCAAGGCGAAGAGAUCGCCACGCUAGAGGUUCGCAUAUCAGGCCUACAGGGAGGAUGUCUCGAAGUGAGAACCAACGCGGAGGAGGUUACUACUCCCCAAAGUUCCUGACGCCACCGGUGACUCCCAAAAAGGGUCUGGUGGAGCCUGACCACCGCCACAGGCCUAGCUUCAGCCCCAGUGUCUUCCUGCAGAACUUGAACUUCCAGCUUCCUUUUCGCAAGAAACCCAAAGCCAAGCCCAGCCCCGAAGCCCCGUUUCCUACACCGUACCGCACGCUGUACCACCCGAGGGCGAGCAAGCACAACCCUCAACGCCGUGCCUCCGAACUCAUAGAGCUUGUCAACUUUGGCGAGAUCGAGCUGGACCCUACUGGUACGGGGGCUGGACACAACUUUGAGCCUGUACAGUUCAGGAACCCCACCUGGUGUGACAGAUGCGGGGACUUCAUCUGGGGAGCGUGCCAGAUUCAGCAGUGCUUGCAGUGUCAAAACUGUAGCUUUACGUGCCACGUGAGGUGCCGUGACCUCGUCACGUUGGACUGCAAAGGCACUGGAGAAAUGGAAACGACCGACCUCAACUGCUUACCCGAAGUGCCUGCUGUUAAAGAGCACAAUCAAGAAGACGGGAGCGUCCAGGGGUUCGUGAGAGUGCGCAUGAACCUGAUGCGCCCCAUCAAUGUCCUUGCGGGGACUCGCCCUCCCUCCAUCUAUGACAUCCUCAAGGAGGAGGAGGAUAACAGCAGUCGGAAGACGCUCACUUCCUUUUACCUGCCCAAGGACACCGUCAAGGCCCUCCACAUCACAAGUGAAUAUUCUGCACAAGAGCUGAUUGUGGCUCUGUUGAGGAAGUUCAAAGUGGCUGACAACCCACACAAGUUUGCUCUCUAUGAGAGCUAUUACACGGCGGGAACCCAACAGUUGAAGCUUCGGAAAUUGCACGAAACAGAACGACCCCUGCAGCUGGCACUGCGGUGGUCCAGUCAAGACCAAACUAAGCAGUUCGUCCUCCAGGAGAAUGAUAGUAGCGAUAUAAGGUGGGAAGACUUCGCCUUGCCGGAACUGCAGAACUUCCUCAAGAUCCUCAACUUGGAAGAGGAGGAAUACCUCAACCAGGUCCGGCUAAAGUACCGUAUCAUGCACAAGAAGAUCCAGGAAGCAAUGGACCAGCUGCGUCCCCCCAGUUCAAAUCCAGAUAAUCCGCCCACUACGACAUCCUGAUUGGUUGUGCACCUAUUUGUGCUGGCGACAUCAUUUUGUGCAUUUAGGCACAUGCUCUGUACAGACUGACUCUUUAGCAGUGUAUCCCAGUGGUGCAGAUGGUCUUAAUGCAAUACCUGUCUAGGAGAAUGUGAGGGAAUUUCGGAUGUAAUUUAAAGGACUUGUUUGAUGUGCUGCUACGAGGGACUAACUAGUUAUGGUUGAAAGAUAGUUUUUUCCGUAUCUGUUACGGAUAUAUUUUUUACAGACACGUAGUUUAAACUGAACGUGCAAGUUCGUGUCUCUAAACAACUGUUUGUCAUGGAAAAUGAAAAAUGAGAUAAUGAAAGAUCGUACAAGGUGAUGUGUUUGGCACAGAUCUGUUGAUUACUUUGGUGCUUUAGUUUAAGCUUCAUUUCUUACUGUGAAGUGCUGCACUAGUAUCUUACGAAAAGCAUUCGUAGUCUGCGAAGCUCUAGGAGAUUAAGUAAAGGCGUUGACAGAGGGACACUAUCGUACGUAUAGCUUUCAAGGGCAUAAGUAGGUAGAACUUCGCACUGUAAUUGUGAACAUCACGAUUUUUUUUUAAUGUUAAUCUGAAGCUUUGGAUCAUACUUUGUAGUAUUAUACUGCAUUUAGGUCUUAAUACUCUGCAUUGAAAUUGUGAAAACUUGCAUUAUAUUUGUCAAAAUCAUACACAUCAGAACAUUUUGUUGACUGGUGAUGAAAUCAAAUGACUUUAAUAUUUGAUACUUAUGUCGCAGCACUGCAAAAUAAGAUGCUGUAUCAUGGCAGCUUGUGGAUUGAACUUACAUUACUUUUCUUCCACUUACUUUACUUUCUAAGUACAUGGCAACAUUUUGUAUUUGUUUACCCAAGCACCUCGUUGGUGUUCUACACAAAUUAAUCAAUCUUCAUCAAAAGGACUCCUCUUUCAGUACCUUCCACUUGCAUGCACUUUCAAGGCAUAUUCAUUGCAGGUAUCACAUUUCUCCUUCAAAUGCUGCAGAAUUUCUCAUAUUCACAAUGUUUCUCACAUAGUUGAGUGCAGUCAUAACUUUUAGGUUGCAGUGUCAGUAUUUUUUUGCAUAGAUUCAAUGAAAAACACGUGGGAGCUCAUGGUUUUUCCUCUGUCUAGACGGAGCCCUGACCAGCCCCAUGUAUACACAACACAAACAUAAAUAGAGCCUCUAAACAUCUAAAAAACAAUGGAAUUAAAGUACUUCACGAAAAAACGAAUGAGUGCUGGUGCAAGGAUACGGGACCCUCCUGAUUUCUGGUCAGAGAUGCUGCCAAUCACACUGCAUGAAUUUUUUGUGAAUUUUGGUUCGAAAGCUCCACCAUACGUACUGUAUGUUGCCAUAGCAGAGCACUCAUCAGUGUUAUCCUUCAUUAAUUUGUUCGCGGUCAAACGUUUAUGUGGAGGUUAUCACGUAUGUACUUUGCCAUUUACACCUUCUGAGAAUUGGACAGCAUGUGUCUCGUUUGAUAAAAAAGUACCUUUUCUGAAGCUGGGGACACUCUUCAGCGCAAGUAUUAUUUAACAUAAUCAUGUUACAUGCGUGAUGUGCCUUUUCAUCAUGUGCACAAAUGUUGAGAAUGUGCAUGUAGGUACCAGUUCAGUGAGGGUAUAGCAUGUACUCCGCAGCACUUACUUAAUGUUAUAAUUUUUGCAAAUUGAAUACACACAUCACCAAUAGCAUCAACACGUGCCACAAAACCAGGGUCAUGCGAGUAUGCAUUAAGAAGUUUGUCGAUAAUUUUGAUUGUGACCAAAGGAAUACGAGCUUAGUACCGAUGCAUCCCAGCAUUUGUGAUCGGCUACAUUUGAAGCCUUCGUUAGACAGUUUCCCUAGGUGAAAUCUUUUGUACAGUCAAACACCUUUACAACGAAGCUCAGGAGACAGCAAAAAAAAUUCGCAGUAAAGGAAUUUUCGUUAAAAAGGAUGUCCAUUAUUGGACCUAUAGGCUCUAGCGGGACCGCAAAAAAAAUUUGCUGUAGUGGUAUUUUCGUUAAAAAGGUGUUCGCUAUAAAUGAGUUUGACUGUAUUCCUGGUGGGUAUCAGCACUGUCAUUUACUGUCAGGGUCCUUGAUUUUACUGCAGUGCAUUGCCGUACACCUUACUUACAGAUGAAACUACCUGAUUUACAGUAUAGCUGCAAGAUUGUGGUUCCAUGUUUUGCUCAGUUCUAGUCAUGCAUUAAUAGGCAGACUUGAUUUAGCGUGAUGCAUUUAUUUUUUGCGAUUUCUGCUUUCAACAGAUUUCCGGUGACUAGUGUAUAGUUAUUUCUGUUAUGUAUUUGUAAAGCAUUUUGUAGUAUAUUUGACACAGUAUAGGUGAAGGUACGGCUACUGGUGAAUGGCACUAAAGUAUAUAUCUCAAGCUGUGUUGAGAUGGACGGACAUUUUGUUGCAAAUCUUUUAUACUGCAGCUGCAUUGCAUGAGGGACAAAACUUCCCCAAGAUUCAUAUUGCCAUGUCCUGUUGUGUUUCUUUUUUUUUUACAAUAAAAGCUUUGCAAAGACUUC